AUGAUGGGCAAGGCUUUAGAUCUCAAGUACGCCGAGCUGAUGCGGGCGCAUCCUUUCGGCACGGCGUUGUACCUACCCAUUCCCUCGAGCCAGUUUCAGCCCGGGUUCAUCGGGUAUUUUGACGCGACUGGGGCCUGGAAUCCCAUCGGAGACCUCACAUCGUCGUCAAGCCUACCAUCAGGUUUGUCAUCCAUCGACGACACGACAUUGAAGCAAGCGCCGUCUCAGAAACAAAUAUGGGGACCAAAGCUGGGCAAGGCGACAAGAGGAAAGGCGAUAGAUCUCACUCUCGGUCUUGGUGCAAUACCCAUGCUGGCUGCAGCCGCACUGCCCUUCGACGUUUCCGCCUGCUUCCGGUUCCAGGCAGAUACAAACCACGGAGCUGUUCUACUCACCAGUGGUCCUGUUGUCCAUGAGCGGUAUUACCAUAAAGAGCCUCUUCUUCAGUGGAUGAAGCAGAACGCGAAAGGCAUAGUGAAAUCACACCCCGAGGUCAGAGAAAAUGGCUUGUGGAUUAUUACUUCGACGUGGACAGCAGAGAAUGCAUCGGUCAAUUGUUGGAACUCGAAAGACAAAAGCGUCGAUGUUGGGUUUAGCACAACGGCUCUCGAGUUUGGUGAAGUGGCUCCAAAGGGGGGUUACCUGCAUGGAGGAAGUGCAGAAGGAUGGAUAAGCACCCAGAGUGACGAGGCACAGAACGAAAAAGGCCACGUUGUCUUUUUCCAUGGCAUUAGAUUCACAUGGGUUCCUAUUCGCGGAUUGACAGAGAGGAAGACCCCCAGAAAAUUCAGAGGAGAGGGUCUAACAUCGUCCGCCUCUCUGGCAAUAUUUGAGGAUGACCCGGAUAUUGGGACGUUCGAAGUACGGUAUGAAGACCAAACUGAGAAGGAGGAACAAGAUGCAUUGCACGAGGACGACGAUGAGGAAGACGCAUGGGAGUAG